AUGCUCCUUAACGCUGGGAAGGUGAUGUUCCUUGGGGUACUCGCCCUAGGAGCCAGCCCGACCUCUGCUUUCUUUCGCAUGCCUUGUCCUAGCCGCCUUGUGCAGGAACGCGCCGAUCCCAUCGUGAACCCCGGCACUGUUGGCGGACACGUUCACACCAUUUCAGGGGGGAACGCUUUCGCGUUUUCUAUGGACUACGAGAGUGCUCGAUCCUCUGAAUGCUCUUCGUGUCCCAUUAAACAAGACCUUUCCAAUUAUUGGACGCCCACGUUGUACUACCAUGCACCCAAUGGCAGCUUUAUCAGCGUUCCUCAGGGAGGCGAUGGUGACGGUGCUGCUGGAGGUAUGACUGUGUAUUAUUUGCAGCGCCCUGGCCAAAAUAACGAUAAGCUCUACGCCUUCCCCAGAGGCUUCCGCAUGCUUGCCGGCGAUCCCUUCAAGCGAAAUUACACCGCGGAUUUUGAAUCACAGGCCGUGAGCUACGCCUGUCUGGAUUAUAAUGGGCCGGCAAAGCCAGAAACGAACGGGUUCCCCGAUUACAACUGCCCGGAUGGGCUCCGCGUACAAAUAUUCUUCCCUUCCUGCUGGGAUGGCAAGAACUUGGAUUCCCCGGAUCACCAAUCGCAUAUGGCCUACCCGGUCUCUGGCACUUAUGAUAAUGGGAUCUGCCCGGACACUCACCCGGUCCAUCUUGUCUCCCUCUUUUUCGAGGUCAUUUGGCAGACCAACUUGUUCGCGGCCGAUUGGCAUGGCAACAUCCAACCGUUCGUCCUCGCAAAUGGUGAUCCGACCGGCUUUGGGAUGCAUGGUGAUUUUGUGAAUGGGUGGGAUAUCGACGUCCUCCAAACGGCGAUUGAUCAGUGCACAAACGAUAGCGGCCGCCUCGAAGACUGCGUCACCUCGGACAACAAGCCCGUGUUCGAUUUCUUCACGAAUGAAGAAUGCCAAGCUUGCAAGCUUCCAACCCUCGUUGAUGAACAGAUCGACGGCACUCUUGACCAGCUCCCCGGCUGCAAUCCGCUCACCUACGGGCCUGAGCGGGCCCAGCCUGUCCCUUGCGUGGGAGCCAUGGGAAUACGUGGGCUGCGGAGUGGACGACUUCAGCAACCGCACCUUGGAAGCCGCCUCCACCAAUGA